UUAAAUUAAUCUAACGAACGAAAACGAAGGGCCGCGUAUUGGAAAACGAAGACGGACACAACUAAAGGAAUCGAAUAGUAGUUCCUAAAUCUAGUAUUACAUCCGUGUUAAAGGAGUCAAGUGAAGAUCAUAUGGUUAUUUUUAAAACACUGAAAAAGAUUUAGCACUGAUUUUACUGGGUAAAAUGCAAAUAAUCAAUUACCGAAUGAAUUCGAAGUUGCGCGCAAUGUAAGGCAAGCAGCGAAAGGUCCAAAUGUCAGAAUUCAUGGAUUACAUCAAUACAACACGGAUGCACCAUUUAAGCAAGUGACCAUGGAUGUUGCAGGUUCGUUUGCAACUAGUGAUUCCGACAACAAAUAUGUAGUCAUUGUUAUGGGUUAAACCAGGAAGCCAAAUUGUUUCUGAGAUUUUUGUGCAGAACCGAGUGACUCAGAUUGGAGUAUCUAUUGAGCUACAUUCAGACUAAAAGAGAAACUUCGAGUCUGCAGUAUUUGAAGAGAUGUGUUGCUUGCUUAGGAUGAAGAAAACACGUACAAUACCUUAAAAGGCGAAAGAUCGAUUUGACGGAAGCAUUUGACGAAGGUUACUUGGUACUUUAUAAUCCGCAAAGAGAGAGGCUUCUCCAAAACUGUAAGCACUCUAGGAAGGUUCAUAUAAGGAAAAUGACGUUUAGCUUUCAUUCCAUACCAGGCAAUCUUGUAUGUUAAUUCGUUUGAUUGUACUGAAGUAGAGUAGCAACUCUGUUAAUCAGGAAAAAUCAGCUGACUAAUAACACUGUUUCUGGUCGUGAGCAUCCGCAAUGUUUUAUUUAUCGAAAAUUUAAGAACUGCUAAAAGAUUUAACCAAUCAAGAGUGAUACAUCGUGGCUAAUAUUUCAUCGCAGUUCAAAAUCAAACAGCAAAUAUAGAAACUUAAAAUUUAUUUCCAAGAAUAUACUUAAUUAAAAUCCCAAACGCAAUGGGAGGCGGAGAUUUGAACUUGAAGAAGUCGUGGCAUCCGCACACAAUGAAAAACCAAGAAAAGGUCUGGAAAGCGGAGCAAGCCAAAUCCCAAGAAGACAAGAAACUUAAAGACUUGCGAAGAGAGAUGGAAGAAGAAAAAACUCGGGAAGAACUUAAGCAGAUUGGUCGAAAUUCUGGCAUACUUCCGCAAGAAGACAAAAAGUUGGAAUGGAUGUAUAAAAGCAGUACGGAGUUAAUAAAUCGUGAAGAAUAUCUUCUUGGAAGAACCAUUGACAAAUCAUUUGAGGCACUGCAAGCUGAGGAACAACGGAAGGAUCAAAACUUGGUUGGUGUGAAACAAUCUAUAAAUCAUGUUGAACAUGAGUGCAUACCUUUCUCUAUACGAGCUUAUCGUAAUAUGGAAUCAACGGAACAGGUUGAUUUGCAGCGUAAAGUUAUGGAGGAUCCUUUAAUGCUUAUUAAACAACGUGAAAUGGAGUCGAGAAAAAAAAUUUUGGAGAACCCAGUAAAAUUAAAGGAACUACAUCGUAUUCUCAAGACUGAUGAGAUGCUUAAAAAGUGUAAAAAAUCCAAAAAGUCAAAGAAAUCAAAGAAAAAACAUAAAAAGCGAUCUAAAUCAUCACCAGAAAGCACAUCUAAUUCCGACUCAGACAGUGCUACUGCAGUAGAUUUAGAUAAGGAGUUGGCAAAAAAAUAUAAAAAAUUGAAUAAGGAAGAAGAGUUUUCUGUAUUAAGCCUUUCAAAGUUAAUGGAUGCUAAAUUUGAGACUAUCACAAAAGAGUUGGAUAAAGCGGCAAGAAGUAGGAGCAGAAAAGACCGUGGAGAUCGCUCGUUCAGCAACGAUCGUGACGACAGCAAUUUUAGAAGAAAUCAGUCGAGACAUCGCAUAAGAAGGGAAAGUGAAACUUAUUUUGAUAGAAAUGGAAACCCACAAAAAUCCAGACACUCGCGUUCCAGAUCACCGAAAAACUGCAAUGCAAGUACAACACGAUCACCCGCAGAGCCGCGAAAACGUCAGUUUUCCAGUUCACCUUCAAUGGAGAAAGAAUUGGACAAAUUUUCAGAAAAUAAAUGGAAUUGCUCGAAUGAUCAGAAAGGAAGGUCGAGAGUUCAAGAGUACAAAAAGAAAGAAAGGUAUCAAAAUCAUAUAAGCUCUCGUUCCAAAUCACCCCAAGAGCGCAAUCGUGGACGUUAUUCACGUUCCAGUCGUUCAAUAAAUAAAGACAGUGGAGGUAGAAAGAGAAAACACUCGAGUGAUCACGAAAGGAGGCCAAGAGUUACAGAAUUCAAAAAUUAUGAAAAAAAGCAAAAACAUAAAAUCUCUCGGUCGAAAUCACCUCAAGUUCACAAAGGCCAACAUCGCUCAGCAACGCGGUCGCCUAAAGAUCCAAGAAGAAGGCAACGUUCGAGGUCCCCGAGCAAAUAUUCACGUUCACCACAGCGGCGGCAAAGGUCCAGAGAUCGUAAUGAAACUAUCAGGCGACAUGCCAAGACUGUUGAAAGUAAAAGCACAAGCUCUAAAAAAAAAAUAAGCGAUGCGGAAAAAGAGGCACGCCUGCGCGAAAUGAUGGAAAACGCCAGUUGGCGGGAGGAAGACCGCGUGAAAUCAGUUCAAAAGCAUCGCGAAUCAAAUGCCAGAGAAGAAGAAAAGUACAAAUCGCAAGAAUUCGAUAAAGAAUUUAUCAACAAAGAAGUAAAAAAGGCGAUUGCAAUUCAAUCUUCAGUUGGAUCACGAAUACGUUCAAACUUGAACAAUAUACAACGCACUUCUGCUGCCAUGAACUCAAACUUUACGAAAAAGUAAAUGUUUUUUUCUGGAAAUUUUCUUAAUUAUGGGUACGAAUCUGCAGAUACAAAAUUUACAGAAUUCCUUCCAGACACUCCCAUUAUAUUGUAUUUAUUUUUUCUAAGUCAAAAAAGAUAUUAAAUUGUGCAAGUU